AAUUGUGAGACAUAGACAUUUAGAUAAGGUUUUGCACGAAACACCUACAAACAACCGUAUUAGGUAUUCUGUUCCUGUCCGAUUGACUACUUUUUCUGUAAGGCAGAAUUUCGAAACUAGAAAUGUCGGAAUUCGAUGAGUUAAAAUACCUUACUGGGUUCGGCAACGAACAUGCUACUUCGGAUCCAAGAGUACCUGAUGCAUUGCCUGUUGGACAAAACUCACCGCAGAAGUGUUCCCAUGGGCUUUAUGCGGAACAGCUCAGUGGAACUGCUUUCACAGCUCCCCGAUCACAAAAUCAACGUUCGUGGCUCUACCGUAUUCGUCCAUCGGUAAUUCACCGACCAUUCGAGGCAAUGAAAGAGAAUGACCAACAUUGGACCAACAACUUUUCUUCAAUCCCUCCAAAUCCAAAUCAAUAUCGCUGGAAUCCUUUCCCACUUCCAACAAAAGAAGGUGUUACUUUUGUGGAUAAUCUCUACACUGUUUGCGGUGGUGGAGAUGUUAUUAGUCGCACUGGAUUGGCAAUUCAUCAAUUCUCGUGCAACGCCAGUAUGGAGCAUACGGCAAUGUAUAAUUCUGAUGGAGAUUUCUUGAUUGUUCCACAACAAGGUGCCUUGGAAAUCACCACAGAGUUUGGACGUCUGCUCGUUAAUCCACAAGAGAUUGCUGUGAUUCCCCAAGGUAUUCGCUUCUCCGUGGCUGUUCGUGGACCAUCUCGUGGAUACAUUUUAGAAGUAUACGGAACUCACUUCCAACUUCCUGAUCUUGGACCAAUUGGAGCAAAUGGUCUUGCCAAUCCAAGAGACUUUGAGGCUCCAGUCGCAUGGUUUGAAGAUCUCGAUGUUGAAUUUACCAUUAUCAACAAGUAUCAAGGAUCCUGGUUCCAGGCCAAACAAGGUCAUUCUCCAUUUGAUGUUGUUGGUUGGCAUGGAAACUAUGUUCCAUACAAGUAUGACUUGAAAAAGUUUAUGGUUAUCAAUACAGUUUCAUUCGAUCAUUGUGAUCCAUCGAUUUUUACUGUUCUCACAGCUCCAUCUGUCAAGCAUGGUACCGCUAUUGCUGAUUUUGUGAUUUUUCCACCAAGAUGGGGUUGUGCCGAUAACACUUUCAGGCCACCAUAUUAUCACAGAAACUGUAUGUCUGAGUAUAUGGGAUUAAUCACUGGAUGCUAUGAAGCAAAAGAAGGAGGAUUCAAGCCAGGUGGUGGUUCCCUUCAUUCAAUGAUGACUCCACAUGGACCUGAUUUUAAUUGUUUUGAAAUGGCAUCAAAUGCUGACCUUAAACCACAAAGAGUUGCUGAAGGAACUAUGUCUUUCAUGUUUGAAAGUUCUUUGAACAUGGCCAUAACCAACUGGGCAGUUUACCAAAAUGUGGAUAAAGACUACUACAAGGAUUGGCAACCACUCAAGAAACAUUUCACAAUGCCUAAAUAAUUCCAAAAUAUUUGAUUUUGCUUAUGAGAUUUUCGCACAGUUUUGAUUUUCAAAUUUCUAUAAAAAUGUUUGCUCUUCG